CGUGUAAGAUGAAUAUCCGGGUUAACCGGGUGGUUUGCAGUUGGUUGAAGUGGAAAUCGCAGCGAAACUGUCACAGCAACAUCGGGAUGUUGUAAUAAUGUAGAAAUUCAGACGCCUCGAAGCCACCGAUGACAUGCGAUCCCGUCCUUUCUGUACUAGGUACAGAGGAUCCGUGGGUUUAGCGAUUUAGUGACAGGAGUGAACGUUGUCAUCUGUUGUGAUUGGAGAAGAUGUGGCAAAACAUCGGACUCACUGUACUGGCCAUUAUUGCAACACUAAUAUGCGUGCUACUCUUCAUGGUGUUUGGGUGGUAUGUUGUUUGGCAGCUCUUUUUGUCCAAGUUCAAAUUCCUACGGGAACUGGUUGGCGACACAGGCUCACCACUAGCUGAGACGGAACCCUCCGAGUCGGAGAGUGAGAGGAGCUCCCCACCCACACCGACACCCCGCCCUAAAAACAAACCUCGCCAGAGGGUGGUGGUGCUGCCACAGGACACCUCUUCGUAGACCUACAGGCCGGCUAUCUACAACGUGCACCCCUGUCUCUUUGUAGACCUGUGGCUAUCUAUUACGCACGGGCCGCUGACAGCUUUGGCUGGGCUGGGACAAAGUCACCCCACACCCCCACCCCCACAUACAUACUAUGUAAUGGGGACCCAAUUCUGGGCCCUGCACAACUGACCCGUUAACACCGCCCAUGGGAUUUUUCACAUAGACUAGCAGCCCAUGCCUUUAGACCCCAUGGUAUGGUGUGCCAUUUAGGCUUCAAUUGUCACGUAAUUCUUAAUUUCUCUGCAGUAUUCAUUUCGUUUCACUCUCUCUGAGUAGCACUCAUUCAGUGGAAUAUAAAAGAAGCCAGAUGUGAUGGUAAGCGUUGUGUGGGCAGGUAGUCUGUCCCUCUGUAAGUCAUCGUUAAGUCAUCGGUUCUUCACUGUCAGUAUUCAAAGCUUAAUAGAAAUUGUUUAAACACAACGACAUGAGUCUUAUUGGCGGCAGCCUGGCCUCAAUAUCACACACACAACCCACAGCACUCAUUGAACUGAAGGGUAAAGGGGAAUGGAAUCCUGUCUUAGAAGCCAUUUACACGCAUAUGGAUUUUGUUUUUGAAAACGCAUUGGUUUUGUGCAGUCAAACAGUUUUCCGUGUCAAAAUCAGCUGACGUCCCCAGGCCACAUUUUGUCCAUGGUCAUUGGUUUUGGCCCCUCGCUUUCCACGUCAAUUGAGUUUUAGUAUGCACAUUUCAAAACUCUGGUUAAAAAUAUCCCAUGUUGCCUUUACACAUAAAUGGAUUUGGAAAAAAAAAUCCUGUUAUCUGCAUAUGUGUAACCAGCACCAUAGUAAAACAAUAAUAUAAUAAUGAUGAUGAUUUAGGAAAAUUGAGGGAAACUGACCACACUGACUUCUACCACCAUAGUGUAUACUGGCUUAAUGGAAUACUUCACUAAACUGCCCAGGUGGCACCCUGCCCACUGUGUUUUUGAACUGGUGGUGUUUCAGUGGGCACUGCAUCAUGAUGUGUCCUGUUGUCACGGCAACAGUUCUGGAUAAAACUGUACAUUACAGGGCAUCCCCCCAAAAAAUACAUUGUUAGAGCAGGUGGGUUUUUAAAAUACAUUAUUUUCAAAGUGCAAUACAGCUUAUAGAUAUGAUGUCAUUGUUUUGCACCACAUGUUCUCAAACUGACAUUCACUCUGGUCCAGGCACUGCUGACCAUGCGAACCACACACACUCUUUUUGUGAAUAUUUGUGCAUUGACUUUCAGUGACUGAUGACUGAAGACUAUGAGACAUGGAUGGAACAGUUUUAGAAUAAGUGGUGACAAACCAUGAAACUGAUUCUAUUACAGUUUGACAAGUACCUUCAUUGAAAUAAAUGCCCACUUUACAUAUAUUUGUGUAUACAUUUUUGGGAAGCCCUGUACAUUGCCAUUUCAAUUUUGAUUUUUGGCAAAAGUCCUUUUAUCUUCUGAAUAAAUUUGUCUGAUAAAAAUGAAA